UUUUUUUUAAUUCCUCGGAUCAGAUUGGUUUUCAUCCUUCCAUUGCUUUCUCAUAUAAAUCCUUCUUCCUCUUCCUCUCCCCCACACUCCCGACCACUUUUGCCAUCUGGUUCAUCCUCCAUACUUCCCCUCUGAGAGUGUGACAGUAACAUCAACCUCCAUCGAUCGAGGACGACAAACGAGAACACUCCCCCUCUUUCCCUUUUGCUCGAGAGCACACUGGCAGGCAUCAUGUCUGCAAAGCCGGUCGACGCGACCCUUCCCAAGAAGGUCCACAUCGCCGAUACUGCCAUCAACCGUAACAACUGGCAUAAGCAUGUCAACUGGCUCAAUGUCUUCCUCAUCAUCGGAAUCCCCGUCUAUGGCUGCAUCCAGGCCUUUUGGGUCCCCAUCCAGUUGAAGACCGUCGCCUGGGCUGUCAUCUAUUAUUUCUUCACCGGUCUGGGCAUCACCGCAGGAUACCACCGUUUGUGGGCUCACUGCUCUUACUCUGCUCGUCUGCCCCUUCGCAUCUGGCUCGCCGCCGUCGGUGGUGGUGCCGUCGAGGGUUCCGUCCGUUGGUGGGCUCGCGAUCACCGUGCUCACCACCGCUACACCGACACCGACAAGGACCCUUACUCCGUCCGCAAGGGUCUGCUCUACUCCCACCUCGGCUGGAUGGUCAUGAAGCAGAACCCCAAGCGGAUCGGCCGCACCGACAUCUCCGAUCUGAACGAGGACCCCGUCGUCGUGUGGCAGCACCGCAACUACCUCAAGGUCGUCUUCAUGAUGGGCCUUGGAGUGCCCAUGCUCGUGGCGGGCCUCGGCUGGGGUGAUUGGUGGGGUGGCUUUGUCUAUGCCGGCAUCCUGCGGAUCUUCUUCGUCCAGCAAGCCACCUUCUGUGUCAACUCCCUGGCUCACUGGCUCGGUGACCAGCCCUUCGAUGACCGCAACUCGCCCCGUGAUCACGUCAUCACCGCCUUCGUCACCCUGGGUGAGGGAUACCACAACUUCCACCACGAGUUCCCCUCCGACUACCGCAACGCCAUCGAGUGGCACCAGUACGACCCCACCAAGUGGUCCAUCUGGGCGUGGAAGCAGCUGGGUCUGGCCUACGACCUGAAGCAGUUCCGCUCCAACGAGAUCGAGAAGGGCCGCGUCCAGCAGCUGCAGAAGAAGAUCGACCAGAAGCGUGCCAAGCUGGACUGGGGCGUGCCGCUGGAUCAGCUGCCCGUCAUGGAAUGGGACGACUAUGUCGAGCAGGCCAAGAACGGCCGUGGUUUGGUCGCCAUCGCCGGUGUCGUGCACGACGUUACCGACUUCAUCAAGGACCACCCCGGUGGCAAGGCCAUGAUCAACUCCGGCCUCGGCAAGGAUGCCACCGCUAUGUUCAACGGCGGUGUCUACUACCACUCCAACGCCGCCCACAAUCUGCUGUCGACCAUGCGGGUGGGUGUCAUCCGCGGUGGCUGCGAGGUGGAGAUCUGGAAGCGCGCCCAGAAGGAGAGCACCGACUACGUUCGGGACGGGUCCGGCCAGCGGGUGAUCCGGGCUGGUGAACAGGUCACCAAGAUCCCGGAGUCCAUCCCCACGGCGGAUGCCGCUUGAACGAUUUUCCUUCUUUUUACCACCUUGACCACCUUUUGUCGAUGACCCAAACCGUCGUUGAUGUUCCUUGUAUUAUCUUCUCCGGCAUCCGUGCUCUGGCGGUUUGCUUUGUGUCUUUAGUUUUCUUGAGUUAGCAGCACUUCGGGCGUUUGAUCUCCAAUGGGGUUGUUAUUGUUCUUUUCCUGUGAUUCUUCUGUUUUGAAAUGUGGAGUUUCGGUGUCGAGGCGGGUCCCCGAUGAAUUGAGUCCAGCAGUCUGGCGAGGAAGACUCCGCAUUCCGGAGGAGGAAAAAGAGUGAUCUGGUUGACCUCGGUCUUAUUAAUGCAAAAUGACGAUGACAUGUCACUUAAGAUUGACCGUAUUUUCCAGUAUGCUGUAGACCGUAUCAGAGCAACA